AUGGCCCCAUGGGCUCGGCUAAUGUGGGCCGCUUGGCUAAGGAUUGAAGAUGUUAUCGUCGCUCAAGUAAGAUUCCGAUUUGAUGCCGCUUCAGUCGCUCGUCUCCUGACAUCCCGGGUGCUGCAGCUCCUUCGAAGCCCAAGUUUCCAUCGUGGUGUUCGCCGAAUCCACCGCACUGUCGAAGAACUUCGCUAUGGUCGGGACCCGAGUGAGCCGCUGCGGCAGGGAGAGGCGACAGCCGAUCCGACCAGAUCCUCAAACUUUCUAAAGCACUUCUUUGACGAGUUGAAGAACCAGGCCCGCGGGAAACCAAGCGAGCCCCCAAACCCGCCGAAGCGGUGA